UUAUACUAAUUCUUGAAGUGGUCAAUCCAAAAGACCAAGUAUUUACCUAUGAGUAGGUCAUGUUUUAUGCCUUAGCUCCCUCUACAGACUGGUAUUAUAUAAAGUAUGAAGCCAACUAUCUGUUCUCAAGCCUAGACUCGAGCAUUUGAUUCUGAUCUUUUACAGAGUCCAAGCUUAGCUUAUUGCCUAUUGGGUUGUUUUCCUCUUGAGUAUCCUUCGAAAUGGCGGGCGUCCGAGCUAUCUUGGUGGUGCUAUUGGCAGCAGCAACUGCUAUUGGGGCCUUCGCCAAUGAUCCUGACAUGCUGCAAGAUGUUUGUGUUGCUGAUCGUACAUCAGGCAUACUUAUGAACGGGUUCUCUUGCAAAAAUAUGACCAUGAUAACUCCGGAGGACUUCUUCUUCGCUGGAAUUUCUCAACCAGGCCAAAUCACGAACAACAUUCUUGGGUCGAAAGUCACCGGUGCAAACGUUCAAGACAUCCCAGGCCUCAACACCUUGGGGGUCUCCAUGGCUCGUGUCGAUUUUGCACCUUAUGGUCUAAAUCCACCUCACAUUCAUCCUCGUGCCACCGAGAUAAUAUUCGUUCUUCAGGGUGAAUUAUAUGUGGCAUUCAUAACCACUAACAAUAAGCUUAUCUCCAAGGUUGUUAAGACUGGUGAAGUAUUUGUUUUCCCUAGAGGUUUGGCUCACUACCAGAAAAACUUGUCCAAAUAUCCAACUUCUGUUAUAGCUGCCUUUAACAGCCAACUUCCUGGCGCUCAACAGUUUGCAGCUGCUCUAUUUACUUCUAAUCCUUCUGUGCCUAAUCAUGUAUUAGCUCAGACAUUUAACAUUAAUGAACACAAAGUUGAGAUGAUUAGAGAUGGCCUUACUCCUAAGUAAGUACUUCCUUUGGGAAAUUUUAUAUAUUCCAGUUUCAUAUACUUACAUGUUAAUAUGUAAUGUUGAAGUAUUUGUAAUUUGUAAGCAUCAAACUUAUGUAUCUUUGAUAAAUGCCAAUAAUACUAUCACUUGCAAUUA